UUUUCUCAAUCGAAGUUUCCUCUUCCCAAGUGACUCUGGUUUGUGCCAAGUUGAUAUAAAACCAGCCAGCACAUCACAUACAAGGUGGAAAUUGAACCAAUUCCUAUGGUUUGUCCUUUUGGGCUCUUGUGUAUGCCCUCACACCACCACUACCACCAAACAUUAAAAAUGAAAUGUAAAUGUACCUUUUCUUCCCAGCAAGCCUUCGUAACACUAUUCCCUCUGGCUGAAACUGGGGAAUUCAUUUUCCUCCUCAGCUAUGUAAGAUCAGCUUGGCCUACAUGAGACCCUCUACUGAGAUGGCUCAGGGGUAAAGGCCCUUGGAUGCAAGCUGGAUGGCGGGCCCCACACAAACCUAUAGGCAAGAUUAGAAUCUUCUUUUGGUUCCAAGAAUUCUGCUCUCCCAGUUUUGCCUAUCCCAGCUUGGAUUACUCUGUUCUUCAUGAAUUGACUAUUCUGGGUGUCACUGCUCUCUCUCCUUUGUGGCCCCACACACUGUGCUCAUUUUCAGUACUGAACUAAGUAAGGUCUGCCUAUAGUUAGACUUCUAGUCUAGAACUCCAUUCAGAAGACUGUCAGAGAGACUAGAGAAAGUAGCUGUGAAGACAGUGUUCACAAUUCUGAACUUAGUUCAGACAUCAGAGAAGGAGCAGUCCAGAACUGCCCACCCACUAUGGAUGGGAGGAGCCCCGACAAUCAGUAGGAACUGGGCUGUUGACAAACCAGCAUUUUACAGCCCUAAGCCAGAAUGAUGCCAUGUCAUCUUUGGAAAUCUAAAGAUCAGAGAGAGAGAGCAUGUGCAUGAGUGAAAGCUUGAGGACGCACAGCCCCAUCUUUAUUUUUGCCUUUAACUACUAGUUUGCUGUCAUCCUACACCAGUGGCACAAAACAAUCACAGCUGCCCCCACCCGCAUCCUCGGACAGCUGCUGUGAUUUGAAUAACUAGGCAGGCUGAUGGACGUCCAGGGGACUGAUUUGCCUGGUAAACAGUCCCUAGAGUCUGUGGCCCUUCCAGGCCUGGGGCCAUGUGUCUUUUUGAUCUCCAUCCCGAAGCGCAGCCUAGGCUCUUCUCUCACUCAAGCCUCCUUGGUGGGGAGGGGAGGGUGUUCUCCAGUGUCUCUGUACCCUGGAGAUGGCACAGUUGCCUGGGAGCCUGGACUAGAGAAGGAGCCAUGAUGGCAGGCCCCAGCAGGGGUAACCAGAGCCAGCUAAGGCUGCUCCCCAGGCUUGUCCCAAAAUUUGCAUGAGAACGAAUGAGGCUGCCGUGGGUCUCUGGAUUUCACCUAGUUCUGGGGCAGAGGUCUGACAGGCAGCAGACAGAGGAGGCAGCUCUGUGAAGUACCGUCCUGAAAGCAAUGCCCCGAGUCUUUCUUGUGAGGAGUCGGCGUCCACAGCCACCUAACUGGAGCCACCUUCCUGACCAGCUCCGGGGAGAUGCCUAUGUCCCAGACUGCAGCAGCCCGGCAGUGCCACCAGCACACAGCUCUUCUGGUCUGAGAGACACGUGGGCAGCGUCCUCACAGGGGACACUGACCUCUGUUCCCAAGGGCCCUGGGACACUCAGCUGCCCACUGUGCCCCAAGGCCUUCCCGCUGCAACGCAUGCUGACUCGGCACCUCAAAUGCCACAGCCCAGCAAGGCGCCACGUGUGCCACUAUUGUGGUAAAGGCUUUCACGAUGCCUUCGAUCUCAAGCGUCACAUGAGGACUCACACUGGAAUACGGCCAUUCCGCUGCGGAGCUUGUGGGAAAGCUUUCACACAACGCUGCUCCCUUGAAGCUCAUCUUGCCAAGGUGCACGGGCAGCCAGCCAGCUACGCUUACCGGGAACGCAGGGAGAAGCUGCACGUAUGUGAAGACUGUGGCUUCACCAGCUCUCGGCCUGAGGCUUAUGCACAGCACCGCACCCUACACCGCAGCACAACCUGAUAUACUGACUGCUCUCCUACCCACAAGACAAAUAAACACCGGAAAC